GCCUUCGGGCAGAGCCUCGGCUGCCCGAGGGCCUCGCCGCGCCUCGAGCUUGCUGGGGGCGCAGGGCCUCCGCGGGCGCCUCGCCGCCAUGGCCGCGAAGAAGCGGAGCUUCGACGUGGACCUGGACCUGCUGUUCCACAGCAGCAAGGACAGGAAGCACGACACGAAGCAGCGGUCCGAGAGCGACCUGCAGGUGGUCACGUGCCUCCGCUGCCUCGCGAUGGACGCCGUGCAGACGGCCAACUCGGGGCACCCAGGCACGCCCAUGGCCAUGGCGCCAGUGGCGUACGCGCUCUGGGCCCGCGUGCUGCAGUACGACCCAGCGGACCCCACUUGGCCGAACCGCGACCGUUUCGUGCUGUCAAUGGGCCACGCUUCGAUGCUGCUCUACGGCCUCCUGCACAUAGCGGGGGUUCGGGACGUGGACUCCCACACCGGGCAGGUGCUCGAUUCGAUGUCGGUGCCGAUGGAGGCAAUCAAGACGUUCCGCAAACUCGACUCGAGGUGCCCAGGCCACCCAGAGUACCGCUGGACCGCUGGCGUGGAGACGACAACUGGGCCGCUGGGGCAGGGGGUCGCCACGAGCGUCGGCAUGGCCAUAGCCUCCAAGUGGCAGGAGGCGAACUUCAACAAGCCCGAGUUCGAGCUGUUCAGCUUCGACGUCUUCGCCCUGUGUGGCGACGGCUGCCUCCAGGAGGGCGUGGCUCACGAGGCGGCAUCGCUUGCCGGGCACCUGAGGCUGGACAACCUCUGCUGGAUCUGGGACAACAACCAGAUCACGAUCGACGGCAACACCGCGUGGGCCAUCUCCGAGGACGUGGCUACGCGAUUCAUCGCGUACGGAUGGAAUGUCCUCCGCGUCGGCGACGCCAACGACGUGGACGCCUUGGAAAGAGCGAUCCGAGUCUUCAAGCGGGAAAAGCAGCGGCCGACUUUUAUCAUCGUAGAUUCCCACAUCGCCUGGGGAGCACCCACCAAACAGGACACGUUCAGUGCGCACGGGUCGCCCCUCGGCGAGGCGGAGAUUGCCGCAACGAAGAGGAUCUACGGCUGGCCAGAGGACGCGAAGUUUCUGGUGCCGCCCGAGGUUCCCGCCUACUUCCAGAAGCAGCUGGACUCCCGCGGGGGAGCGGCGAGGAGGGACUGGUACACGGCCUUCAAGAAGUACCAGGCAUUGUAUCCAGCGGAGGGUGCGAUAAUCGAGGGCAUGAAGAGUGGGAAGCUGCCGGAGGGCUGGGAUCGUUUCUGCAAGGAGUUCCCUGCAGACGCGAAGGGCCUGGCCACGCGUCAGUCCUCCAGCCAGGUGCUCAACAUGGUGGCGCAAGGCGUGCCGUGGCUCGUCGGCGGCUCCGCGGAUCUGAGAAAUUCUUGCCUUACUGGGCUGAAGUUUGAUGGAGCUGAAGAGUUCAUGGCACCGCUUACAGGUUGGGGCACCUACCGCGGGCGAAACAUCAACUUUGGUAUCCGAGAGCACGCGAUGGGUUCCAUUUGCAAUGGCCUAGCCGUCUCGGGUCUUCGGCCCUUCUGCUCCACUUUCCUUGUCUUCAGCGACUACAUGAAACCCCCAAUUCGAAUGGCUUCAAUUAUGGAGAUUCCAUGCAUUUGGAUCUUCACCCACGAUUCUAUAGGUGUUGGUGAGGACGGCCCAACACACCAGCCUAUCGAGCAUCUUGCUGCGUUGCGCUCCGUUCCAGGUUUGUUAACAUUUCGGCCUUGCGAUGCCAACGAGGUGCUCGAGAUGUGGAAGGUGAUCAUUACCCUCACGCACGAGCCUGCAGCAGUAGUCUUGUCACGCCAAGCAUUGCCAACACUGGACCGUUCAGUAUUCGCACCAGCUAGUGGCCUGUCUAAGGGGGCAUACAUCCUUAAAGACACCGAGGAACCAUUGGAAUUGAUUCUCAUGGCGACGGGCAGCGAGGUGGCCCUCAUGGUGCAGGCAUACGACAUGCUGAAAGCCGAGGGCUGCGCAGUCCGUUUGGUGAGCGUGCCCUGCGUGGAGCUGUUCAAGCAGCAGAGUGCGGAGUACCAGGAAAGCGUUCUGCCAGGCUCGUGCCGCGCCCGCGUCUCCAUCGAGGCGGCCACGAAAGACACGUGGGGGUCCUUUAUUGGGCUGGACGGCGAGCAUAUAGGCAUGAUCACGUUCGGUGCUUCUGCCCCUAUUAGUGCCCUGCACAAGGAGCUGGGCUUCACGGCCGAGGAAGUCGUCGCGGCGGCAAAGCGGGUCAUGGCAAGGAACCCCCGCUCUGUGGACAGCGAGGCUACCGUAGCCCGCCAGUGGAAGCGCAAGCGGAGUGCGAGUCUACUCGAUCUGGGCACGGCCCUCUGA